GUCUUACUUGCAUAGCUCUUAAAAAUGACAAUUAAUCACAGGUGUCUCCUAACAGGGUUAUACAGCAUUACAUUUAGCUGCUAUGCAUGGUCAUGAGAACAUUAUAGAACUUCUAGUCCAAACUUACAAAGCUGAUUCUAACAUCAGAGACUACAGUGGAAAGAAAGCCAAGCAGUAUCUAAGAAAUUCAGCCUCUACGAAAGCCCAACAACUUUUGUUAACAAGAAGGCUUGGAUCAACAUCUGCUGCAGUGUCUGGUAGAUCUCUUGAUGAUUCCUUUACACGGACAGCAUCAUUUAGGAAAAGUAACCGAGCCAGGGCACUGAGUAGUCUGAUCUUGUCCAAAUCAUCAAACAUGAAGAACGCCAUGUUUAGGUCUACAUGGGCUGGGUCUGCAGACAACAUAGAGGACUAUAGGUCUAGAAGCCCAAGUAGAACACCACCUAAUGCCUCACCUAGCCUUAGCAGAAGACAGUCGAAGGCAAAUAAAAAAGGAAAAAAUGUUGAAAAAGAGUAUGCUGACAAAGAAAGAAUGCCACCACCAUCAGGUUUAUUCAGAAAGAGUAGGAAAGGGAGUGCUGUCCAUUCUAGUAAAGACAGUGUCCAUAGUGAUGAUGGGGUUUUCUCAAGUAACACUGUAACACGGUCUGAAUCUGAACCAAGUUUACAGACUCCUAGGAGCAAUAAUCAUACAUAUGUGUAAUAUCUGGAGCAAUAAUCAUACAUAUGUGUAAUAUCGGGGGCAAUAAUCAUACAUAUGUGUAAUAUCGGGGGCAAUAAUCAUACAUAUGUGUAAUAUCUGGAGCAAUAAUCAUACAUAUGUGUAAUAUCGGGAGCAAUAAUCAUACAUAUGUGUAAUAUCGGGAGCAAUAAUCAUACAUAUGUGUAAUAUUUGGGAAGGCUUCUGAGCAUUGAUCCUACAUAAGCAUACUGAUCAAAUAUUCCAGAUUUCCAUACUAUUUUUGUAGAUAACCCAGACUUUCUCCUGCAAUAAAAUUUUUGCCUAAUUGUAUAACUAUCUGUUUCAUCUUUCACAGUGUAACUUUUAGUCAAUUUUACAUCAUCAUUUUGUAGUCAAGCCAAGCAAUUUGUAAUAUUCAGAUAAACGUAAUAUGAAUUAAAAAAAAAUUAUAACAUGUUGUAAAUCUGUAAGAUAGCGUAUUAUGCAUUUAUUUAAAUUGUUUAGUUUACAUGUAGUUGUUAUAUUAUUUGUUUGAUAUUAAAUAUGUUAAAUGAAA